GGUUCUCCUUGUGUCUUUAGAAUUAUCGGGAUGCUUGACUUGAGAAUUUUGCGAUCGGAUUGUGUGCGCGAAGGCUUAGGGUACUGUUUUUUUUACGUGGUGCCUGGAGUAGCCUAUCUGCACUGGCUUACAGGACUAGGCUGUUUGAAGAAUAAAUGACACAGCAUUUAUGUCUUCGCGUCUCUUCGUCUCGCGCUCGGCCCUUUUCGACGCCGCGGCGCGUCGUGUCGUCAUUUCUGCCUGCGGCUUCGAACGGGUCGUUCGGGACGUUAUCAAGCUCCGCUGCGUCGAGCAGAAGUAGAGCUAGUUGUCCACGUGGUUUACCAAGAAAGAAUGCAGGAGUGGACCGUGCAUUCUCGUCACUAGCUGCGCUCUCCACGUCAUCUUCGGAGGAUCCAAGUCAUAGUUCGGACAGCAGUGGAGAGGUCGAGGGUGGGGAGCAUAGGGAAGCCCAAUUUCGUGAACUCGAUGACCUGCUGGAUGAGGCACAUGAGCAUUUCUCGCACAGACGUUUUCAGGAAUGCUUGCGGGUCAAUGAUAAGGUGAUGGACAGGUGUAAACGGACAAUCGGUGAGCACAACUUAGAGGAUAGAUGGGACCGUCUGUGCGCCGCCCAGGUGAACUCCGCUUUCGUGCUGAAAUUAUUGUGUGAUUGGGAGCCAGCGGCAGCAUUGCUGCGUGAGGCCAUCACGGCUUUAGGAAAAAACUAUGUUUCCUACAAGAGGGAAACAGCGCAAGCGCACGAAUUGCUGGCAGAGAUUCUCUUGAAUCACGAGCAGUCUGUAGGAUCGAGAAGCAGCAAGACCACAACGACAUCGACUGACGAGGCAGUUGGAGACGAGAAUUAAGGCUUACCCACCUUAUCCAUCUUCUGAGGCAUCCAGAAGAGGCUUUUCAAGGGGAAAAAGCGCCUAAGAUGCGUCUCAAGAUGGAUAGCGGUGAGCUCUAUCUAAGAAAAAGAAAAGACAAGAAAGAAGUUGCUUGUAGAAGCACAGACGGCUAUAGAACGAGCGCUCAGCUCCAAGAGGGACUAUCUGGGUGAGGACGAGUCCUCCAAUGAGCACUCUGCACGUGCAACACCACUACAUCUUCAUGGUCGUUACUUUGAGCGCACAGGCGACUUGGAACAAGCGAAACUAGUUUAUCUUCGUGCGUUCGCGAAUGCGUACCAACAGGGCGAAGUCCCGCCCCCACCGGCCUGCGGCAGUCUCAGCAACUACGCCAGUUGUCUGCAGGACCAAGGAAGCUAUGAGCGGGCCAUCGGCGUCUACGAACGAGUCGCACAGUUUCUCAAGGAAAACGCCGGCACCGAGACGAACCUGCAUGUAGGGCAAGCCUACGCAGAUCUUGGGGUUGCAGCGAUGGGAGCCGGAAUGCGCGAAGGGGCGUUACAAGCCCUGCAGAAAGCUCUGGUUAUCCAUGCUAGCAUCCUCGGAAUGGAUCAUCAAGGUUAAGGCUUCAAAUUAUUAGAAUCACGCUCACUUUCUACUAAAGUCAGCAUGAAAAUGGACUCGUCUAUCUUCCUCCUGGUCGAAUGCAGCAGUUGCAUCUUAGCUGCAUUGUCAAAGCGAAUUAAUGGCCUGCUCUAACGUGGGGUCCAGAACGUGAUGGCAUUGGUGAUGCAAGUGAACAGUGCAGAAUUUCGAGAGACCAAGACGGACUUGGACACAAAGCAAGAGUUGAUAGAACGCGGUCACGCAUUUGUGGACGAUCUUGUGGAGCAGAAGAAGACUAUGAAGAGGAUAGAAUUUAAUAUUCACCUGCUUAGCUCUGAUUUGAUACAGAAGAUCAUGAAGUACUUUAGAUCAAAAGUACCUUCAUGCGCAUAGUACUACGAGUACCCACUAUCAUCUUCUUUCAUUAAAGGGGAAAACGAGCGGAAGCGCGUCCGACUAACAUCCGACGUGUCAGAAGAAACCCGAUUCUUCGACCACGCAGGGUACGUGGGCCACGGGCCACGGGGUUACACAGUGCGUUUGAGGGCAGAUCGCUCCUUCCUCGCAAACGAAGCAACCGAUCCAUAUCAGCGAUAAUGUUGUCUGUUGUCU